AGAGACCUUGUUCGUUAUUCCUUCACAAACUGAAGUCUGACAGUUUGGGAGAUCUGCAGUGACCAUGGCUUCUACAUUACAACUUUUUCUUUGUCUGGGGAUGGUGGCCCUGUGCCUUGCAAAUCCAGUAAACAACGUCCGCUGGUGUGUGAAAUCCGAGACUGAGCUGAAAAAAUGCAAAGAUGUGAGCCAAACCUGUGGAAGUGAACAGGCAACCCUCAGCUGUGUUCUCAAAAGCAGCGUUGAUGACUGCCUCAAAGCAAUUUCCGAAGACACGGCGGAUGCAAUUUCUUUGGAUGCUGGAGAAGUUUACAAAGGUUCCUUGAAACCUUACAACUUGAGACCAGUUGCUUCUGAAAACUAUGGCACGGGGAAAGAACCAGAUACGUGUUACUAUGCAGUGGCUCUGGCAAAAGAGUCAAGUUCUUUCAUGUUUUCCGAGCUUAAGGGCAAGAGGACUUGUCACACUGCAGUCGGAAGGGCAGCGGGUUGGAAUUCAGUGGUUGGAACGCUCAUCUCAAAGGGAUUGGUUAAAUGGGAGGGACCUGAGAACCAGCCUGUUGAGAAAGCUUUUGCAGCAUUUGUUUCUGGCGCCUGUGCUCCUGGAGCCAAAGAACCAAUUCUAUGUAAGCAGUGUAAAGGAAAGCAAGAUAAAAAGUGCAAGGCAUCUGAAAUUGAGCAAUAUUUUGGCUACGCUGGAGCCCGCUUAUGUCUGAAAGAGGACAAAGGUGACGUGGCAUUUGUGAAGCAUAUUUUACCAGAGGAAUUCCAUAAAGGUUAUGUGCUGUUGUGCCUGGACAAUACUAGGAAGCCAGUUGAAGAGUACAAGGAUUGUUUCUGGACAAGAAUACCAGCUCAUGCUGUGGUGACUGUGGACAGGGAAGAUAAAAUCAGAUCUGUUACUCAGUUCCUUGAGGAAGCUCAGAAAAAAUCUGAAUGCAAAUUGUUCAGUUCUCCACAUGGACAUGAUCUGAUGUUCAAAGACUCUGCAACUAGCAUCAUUACACUUCCCAAGGAAAUGGACACCUUCCUGUAUUUGGGAUCAGCAUUCACAAGUGCCAGUAAAGCCCUGAGUAAUGCGUUGGAGCCUCCAUCAGAGAAAUCAAUCCGCUGGUGUACACAGAGCACAGAGGAGAAGAAUAAAUGUGACAAUUGGAGUGUUGCAAGUGAAGGAAGCAUUGAAUGUGUUGAGGCUUCCUUUGCAGAAGAAUGCAUUACAAAAGUUCUGAAAGGCGAAGCUGAUGCUGUUUCUCUUGAUGGUGGAUACCUGUAUACAGCAGGAGCAUGUGGAUUAGUCCCAGCAAUGCAAGAAAUUUAUGAUGCUGAAGCUUGCAAACAAAAAACACCAAAUGUAAAAGGCACAUACUACGCUGUUGCAGUCGUAAAAAAGAAGGACAAGGACAUCACAUUGACAAAUCUACGAGGCGUUAAGUCUUGCCACACAGCUCUUGGACGCACCGCUGGCUAUAAUAUUCCUGCUGGUUUAAUUCACAAGCAAACUGGAAUUUGUGAUUUGUCAACCUACUUCAAGGAGAGCUGUAUUCCUGGAGCUGAUGUUAAUUCUAACCUCUGCAGUCUGUGUGCUGGAAAUGAAAAAACAAAAUGCCUUCCAAAUAACAGAGAGAUAUAUUUUGGUUAUGAAGGUGCAUUAAGGUGUCUCAUUGAGAAAGGACAAGUAGGUUUUGUGAAGCACACCACUGUUGAAGAACUCAUUGAAAAUGAAAAUUCUCCAGCAUGGGCGAAAAAUGUGAAGAAAGAUGAUUUAGAACUAUUGUGUCUAGAUGGCACUCGCAAACCUGUCACUGAAUACGAAAGCUGCAAUCUCGCACAAGUACCAGCCCAUGCCGUUGCCACCACCCCAGACAGAAAAGACAUAGUUGUAAGAGUUCUCAAAAAUCAGCAGGAACAAUUCGGAAAGAACGUAGGCCCGAAUCCACCGUUCCAAAUGUUUGUCUCAGAAAAAAAGAAAGACCAACUAUUUAAGGACUCUACACAAUGUCUGUCUGAGGUGAAAGAGAACACCAUGAAUGGAUAUCUGGGCAAACAAUAUUCUGAUGCCAUUGAAAAUCUUAACAAAUGUGCAAAAUCAGGUCUGCUGGAGGCCUGCACAUUCCACACAUGCAAGCUGUAAUGAUGUACAAAACCAACAGUGUCCAUUGUUUCCUUCCACUUAUCUGCUUAUAUAUUCAUAAGAAAAUACAUAUUCAUCUCCCUUACACUGAUGUUUUGCCUUCAAUCGCUCAAUAAAUAUUUUCAGUUAUAA